AUGCCGGGGGGCGCCGGGCUCCCGCGGCGGCGGCGGCCCGCGCAGCAGCCCCGGCGGCGGCCUCUCGCCUGGCCGGGGAGCGCGGCGCCGCCGCCCGGGCUCUGGCUGCUGCCCGGCUCGGCCGCGCUGCUCGGGCCGGGCGCGGGGGUCGGGGUCGCGCCCCCGCCGGUGCUGCUCGCCGCGGCGCAGCCCCCCAGCGCCGCGCUGCUCCCCGCGCUGCCCGCGCUGCCCGCCUGCUGGCCGGCCCCGGGCGGGCCCCUCCUGCCGCUGCCGCUGCCGCUGCCGCUGCCGCUGCCCGCCGCGCCGGACCUCGCCGCGGCCGCCGCGCCCCCGCACCCCGCGCCCGGCGCGCAGUGGCUGCUGGGCGGCCAUUCUCCGCCCAUCGGACUGUCCCCCUCUUCUGCAGUGGAGCUGGUGCCCAUUUUCCCACACGUCUGCCCGUCGGCUCUUCCUCCUCCCGCGGGGAAGACUUGGCUGGACAAGAGGAUGCCCGGCGGCAAGAGCUUCCGCGGAGAGAUCUUUCUCAACAAUUCCUUUGCCCUGGACUCGACGUGGAUCUAUCCCGAGGACUCGAGAUUGUUCCAUGGACACGACAAGCCUCUCCUGCUGGCGAGUCAGGUGGCUGUGGCGCUGUCCCGGCCGGCGCCCGCCUCCAGGCCUCUGCCCGCAGCGCUGGCCCUGCAGCCCGUCCCAGGUGCCUGUCCCGGAGGCCUGAAGCCCGUCGGCGGCAGCCCCAGCAUCGCCAUCGCCGCGGCUGCCAUGGUCUCCAUGGACCCGCAGGGCCUCGGGGGCCCCAGUCCCCCCAGUGUGCAGCCCUGCCACUUCCUGACCUUUGCCCCCAUCAAGAUCCCCCUGCACCCCGGCCCUUUCUCAGGUAGGAGCCGGGAGCGCGGCCGAGCGCCCUGCCCGCCGGCCCUGCUGCUGCACGCGGAGCGCCGGAGCCCGGCCGGGGACCCGGGACACCAGGAGCCUCCGCCCCUCCUGGUGACCAGAGAGGACGGCGCAGCCAAAGGCACGCGACCCGUGGCGUCCACCCCGGUGCCCGGAUCCCCCUGGUGCGUGGUCUGGACCGGCGACGACCGGGUUUUCUUCUUCAACCCCACGAUGCAGCUGUCGGUGUGGGAGAAGCCGGGGGACCUGCGGAACCGCGGGGACCUCAACCGCAUCCUGGAGGACCCCCCGCACAAGCGCAAGCUGGAGGCGGCAGCAACCGACCCCGGCGACGGAUCCAGCUCGGAGGACGGCAGCGACGACCAGAACGUGAAAAGCAAGAGGAACCGGACGGAAGGCCGCGAGAGCCCCGGGCUGGCUGAGACGGACAGCGGCGACCCAGGCCCCAGGACGCCGCCCCCGAUCCUGCUGCCCCUGGAGGAGCGGGUGGCCCACUUCCGAGACAUGCUCCUGGAGCGUGGGGUGUCCGCGUUCUCCACCUGGGAGAAAGAGCUGCAUAAAAUCGUGUUUGACCCCCGCUACCUCCUGCUGAACUCCGAGGAGCGGAAACAGAUAUUUGAGCAGUUUGUCAAGGCCAGAAUCAAAGAAGAAUACAAGGAAAAGAAAAGCAAACUGCUGCUCGCCAAAGAAGAGUUCAGGAAGCUUCUGGAGGAAUCUAAGGUGUCGCCCAGGACCACCUUCAAGGAGUUUGCCGAGAAAUAUGGCCGGGAUCAGAGGUUUCGACUUGUGCAGAAACGAAAGGACCAGGAGCACUUCUUCAACCAGUUCAUGCUUGUUCUGAAGAAACGGGACAAGGAAAACAGACUGAGACUCCGGAAGAUGAGAUGAGUGUGGGAAAUGCAACAAGACUGAGAGUUCCGGGCAAGGGGCGAACAGAGGAGGAAGCACAGGC